UCUGUGAUAAUAGUUAUAAUUAUGACCCUUUAGAAGAUUUAUCAUGUCAUCUGAUGUCUUAUAAAUUUACAAAGCAACAAUUAGCAAAUAUUGCAGAAAUGACUGCUUCUGGUUGUACUUCAGUUGAAGCAUUAAUAGAUAAGCUUAGAGAGGAUGAAGAAGAUUACCUAUGGGCAUUAACUUGUAUUACUAAAUUAUUUAAUAAAAUAUUAAAACCUUGUAUUAUAGUAACAGAUAAAAAGUUAGCUUUUAUGGAUGCACUUAUAAAAAUAGUUCCAGGUUCAACAAAUUUAUUAUGCCUAUAA